CGGCAUUAAGAGCGAGACUGUAUCAACUGCGCAAGCGGUGCGACAUGAUGAGUGGUUUCCCGGGGGGGGGGCGCUCUGGGACUAAAUGAAAUUCCGGAUACUGAGGAUGACUAUGUGCAGCCGAGGGAGUUGUGGAGGAGAGUAUUUGAUGGUGCGGAACGGAGACUGGGUUUCGAAUGUUACGAGGAGUUUGGAGGGGGUCUCGGAUGAUUUGAAAAGGGGUGUUAUUGAGAUGUUUGGGAGGAUGGAUUCAGAGAUGGGGAAUAUGCUUGCGGCGGAUGUCAAAGAGACUGCUAGAUUGUAAGACGUGUGAUAAAAGGGCUCAUCGAUGGGCUCAUGUUCAAAUAGAAGCUAAGUCCAGAGCCUCUCGACUCUGGAAGGGUUGGCAGAAGAGGGUCGAACUUUACUGGGGCCAAACAGUGACUCAGAUGUGAUUUGCUGACAUUGUAACUCACUGAGCAGGGUCCACUUUACCGUCACUGAAUACCAAAAUGUGAGUAUCUGUCAGAAAAUAAGGCCUGACUGAGCCCUAAAUAGAUAGGAGGACGAAAUAGCGAAGG